AGGCCCGUUACCUUUAUUCCUGAACCGGCUUUACAAAAAAACUCAUUAUGAACGGUCUUGAUGUACAGCCAGUAAGCGUAAAGGUUAUGGGUAGAGCUCAAAUGGCAUGUUUGAGAUGCCGUUCCCAAAAAAUGAAAUGCACCAAAGUUGUAUUGCUGCUGAUAAGGAAUGUCGCUAUCCAGUGAGAGAGAGGAAGUUGGUAUUUCUAGAUUCCCAGUUCCAGAAAAUCAUAUCUCGAGUGAAAUAUUUGGAAAACGAACUCCGUGUGGCUAAGCUGCUUCUGGGGAAAGGUCUAAAAACUCCAAGUGAUGAUGAAAUCUCUGGAGAAGUGGAAGAAUAUAUUGAACCCUUUGAGACCGACACACCUGAUGUUGAAUAUUUUGGAACAGCUACCUGCCAAGUGUUUGACAGCUCGCUCAACCUGUUCUUAUUCAAAUUCACUCAACAAACCCCAGAUGAGCCUUUGGCGCAGCCAUCAAGUCGAUUUUAUUUGGAAGAUCCUUCGUUUCUGAAGCCAUUUUCAGGACUUAUGAUGCUCCCAGACAAAGAAUAUGCUGUAUUCUUGGUUCAGAAAGUUCUUGAUUUCUUGGGGCAUGAGUACUUCCUUAUUGAUGCUGAUGAGUUUUUUGCUAAACUCAAUGAUGCUUAUGAAUCCCUUUCUAACCCAAGUUCUGGCUGGCUCUGCUACUUGCUAGCUACAUUAGCAGUAGGAGAACAAUAUCUCAAUGAGUCAUCAGAUGAAAAACCCCCGGGCAUGCGAUUCUUUGCCCCUGCAAUGGACUUGUUCAAGAAUUUUUAUGAAAACCCUUCUCUAGAAUUGGUCCAAACUUUAUUGUUACUAGCUUUCUACCAACAGGGGUUAAACAGAAGCUAUGGAGCCUUUACGUUUUAUGGAAUGGCCACCAGAACGUCAUUGAUGAUGGGAUUACAUAAGGCUCGUGUGCACCCGAACAAAUCUCCUGUCAUUGAAGAGAAGCGUAAGCGAGUAUGGUGGACAUGCAUUAUUAUGGACAGUAUUUGGUCAGCAAAAUUGGGCCAGCCUAUACAUAUAAUGCCCAAGGACAUCGAUGUGGAUCUUCCAGAUGUUGGGGCUGUUGACCUUCACGAUGGCUUUGAUAACGAACUACUUGCCUGUAAUACAAAACUUGUGUUUAUUUUGGGUAAGAUAAUGAGAGGAGUUUACAGAAAUACUCCCAAUCGACGUAUCAAUUUGAAGAGCAUCAUUGAAUGUCUUGAGGAGUUAGAUGCUCUUCAGCGAACGCUUCCCAGCAGAAUACGAGAGACGCUAUUUAAAGGUAAAAGUCGGUCAGUUGCUAACUUAUAUCUUCGACUCAACCAAGCAGUCAUAAUAACUACAAGACCGUUAGUUUUGUCUAUCUUCAAAGGAAUUUACGAAGACAAUGCUAUCACCAGACGAGUUGUACAAAAAUGCACAGUUGCUGCAAAGACUUCCAUUGACAUUUUAUCCAACCUUAAAAACAUAGGAUGGGUUUCAACAUUCGGCUUUUGGGAUGCCCAAUACUUGUUUUCGUCCCUCUUGAUUUUGAUCAUGAGCAGUUUAUCAGGUCACCAGUUUUCUCAAAUAGAGACUGGGCGGAGGAUAAAUGACUACAUGAAAGAUGCUGGAAACUUCACUGCCAUUGAGAAUGAUUAUCGACUCAAAGAAUUAGAUCAAUUACUUGAUAAGAUUGACCAGAAACGCUCGGUUAAAUCUACCCUUAGUGAAGAUUUCGAAGCCGAUAAGACUCCGAUUGGGGCCCUCAUCAGCGAAAUAUCGGAAAAUUUCAAGGAUAAUACAGGUAUUACUAAGGAUCAACCGCAUAGUGCUAAAGACUCAUACGACCAUCUCAGUAGUUCAGCACUAGAGACAAUUUCUCUCACUGAAGAUGGUCCAGGACCCCAAACAAAUUUGUUCAAAGAAGAACUUUCACCGAAGGCGUGGAAUUCACUUGUUUCGAACCUUCAAUUUUGGGACUCCUCAGCAUUUGGGGAUUAUCCCUAAUAAUAUCAGUAGCUAGACAAAUUGAUAAUCAAAUACAAAUAGACAAGGCUAGCAAGGC